AGAAUCUGGCUGUGAGGUGGCUGGGACAUGGCCACUUUUUCUGCUCUGUAUUUUGGGUGAAAAAAAUGGGUUAAAGCUGCAGCCCCCAGCAAAUCACCUUCCCUGGGGAAACCCAGGCCCACAUUUAUGCUCUCCCUCUGCCCCACACCGGGCCAGACUGGGGGGAAACUGAGGCAGGAGCUUGACCCCAGGCCUGGGGAUGUCCCUGUCACACUGCCACCGUGUCCCCAUGUCCUCUUCCCUUGCUGGCAGCAUGGCAUCCUGUGGCAAAGUGGGGUACACGGGGUGGGGGCUGUGCCCUCCUGGGGGUGCUGCAGCCAGGGGUGCUCCCAUCCUGUCCCCAGCUGCCAUCCCCUGCUCUCCCACGUUCCGAGCAGGACUGUGCCCCUGUCCUGGCACGUCGUGCCCACGUCAGCCCCACGCUCUUGCAGCCACCAGCUUCCUGCCAGCUCUCCGGGCGCUCUCUUUCCUGUCUCACUCCCUUCUCCGAGUCAUGGGACGCUGGUGACGCGCCCCCGGCGAUGAAGAAAUUGCCGCUGGCCGUGCGGUCACCGGCGCUAUUUCUGUGCCUCUGGGGAUUGCACAGCCCUGGCCACACACUGGCCAUCAGCGGGUGGCCACCACUGUGGUGUCCUGCUGGCCUAGCCCGGGGAGUGACAGUGCCAUGUGAGGGGGCCAGGGCCAGCUGUGGCCAGAGGGUGGGAGCCCUGAUCACCCUCAUGGCAGGGCAUGGAUGGAUGGAUAGAUGGAGGGAGGGAGGGAGGCAUGGAUGGAGGGAGGGAGGAAUGGAUGGAUGAUCAUAUAGAUAGACAGGUUAAUGCAUAGCUGAACAGGUGAAGGAAUUCUUGGAUGGGUGCACAGAUGAUGGAUGGAUGGAUGGAUGGAUGGAUGGAUGGAUGGAUGGAUGGAUGGAUGGAUGGAUGGAUGGAUGGACGGACAAGUGGACAGCUGGUGCACAACCUGUUGAGGCAGUCUGAAGGAUGGACAAACUGCUGUGGAGCAUGGAGCGAGCAAGAUCUUCUCCUGGUUCCUCCACCUCUCCAGGACUGUCCUGGGCACAGCCCUGCCCACCCCAGCGCCACGGAACCCACCCCAGCCGCCACCUCUGCCGGGGAGGAGGAAGAGGAGGAGUCGUCAGAGGCAGCGGGUGGAGGAAGCAGACCGUGCGGGUUGUGGCGCGGCUGGGCAGGGAAGUUCUGGGAAAACAAAGAACUUCUAAAAGUGAGUGACCGCUGCAUCCUUCUUCCUGGAAGGAGCUGUUAAUUUCUGCGUUGUGUCCUUGCGCCACCACCGAACUCUCUAAAUGCGUAAAUUCGGCGAGAGUGACCAAAAUCAGCGGGAUUGCGACACACCUCGACACGCUGAGCAGAGACAUUCACCUUUAAGGAACGGGAAGAUCCCUGUGGGUGCCGGGUUCCACCUGCCAGGAAGGAGAACCCAGGGGGACAGAGGAGACUGCCCUGGGUGCUGCUGGCUGUGCCGAGGCCGUGCCGAGCCCCAGGGCUCUCCCAGGGCAGCGUUGCACAAGGGGCAGCGCUGCCCUGGGCAGCAUAUGUCACCCUCCGUGUUCCCGUUGGUUCUGCCGGUGCACAGAGGCUAAGCCUGGUGUUCCCCACUUGGUUCAGCAUCCAAAUUUGUCACCCAGAGCUGUGGGUGAAUGUGAGCAGGCAGAUGGAGCAUCCCCCCGGAGCAUCAGGCAGUGCUGGGAUGCCGUGCACUUCUCACACCUCCACCUCCCACCUUGCCAGGGUAGAUUUUUGCCUCCCACAGCUGGAUUUGGGAUCCGAAACCCCCCGUAGUGGCACAUGGGUGACAUCCCUGUCCCCGCUGCCAGCUGCCACUGCCCUCUUUUGCAUUGGGGUUUCGGGGCAGCCGGCGCUGGUUUCAGUUCAGCCUGUCGGGUGCUGAGGGGUGACACCAGCGUGAACCCAAAGUGUCUGUCCCAAGGAGCCAGGACCGGGGGGUCCUGCCGGAUCCGGGUGAGCGAUGGGACCGCAGCCUCCCUGCACGGUCCCGGACUCCCUCGAGGAACUGACUCGAAGAACAUCCCCACCAACUCUUCCCCCGCCCUGCUCUCACCCUGCUCAUUGGCCCCCGGACUUCACUUCUCUCUGCCUUCCUUCGGAGGGGAGGGUGACUCGGGUGCGCUUUAAAACCGCGCUUCCCCCUCGCCGAGCGCUCAAGGAAGUGCCUGUGCGCGCCCGGCAGCCCCGGGCGGACACCCUGCCCCGGCCAUGCGGUGCGACGGGCGGCCCUGGGCAGUGCUGGCAGGUACGUGUGUGCCCCUGUGUGCCCCUGUGUGCCCCUGUGUGCCCGUGGGCUCUCCGCUCGCCCCGGCCGGAGCCGCGGAGGGAGCGCGGCCGCGGGGCCCCCUUGGCUAUUGAGUCAGCGGUGCCGGGGCAGAUGGCACCGAGGCCGUGCCACGGCAGUGUCGCCUCCCUCGGGCGCUGGCGGGGACGGGGACAUUUCCCGCUGUGGCACACGGGGAGCACUGGGAGCGGGCAGCGUGGGAGAGAGGGGAUGCUGGGGGCGGUAGGCAGAGGGGACAGUUUGGGGACCAAUGGCGGAAGGUCAGGGGUCAGCUUGCUCAAAGGGACAGAGUCUGUGUGUCAGCCCAGUGCCGUAUCCAAAGUCCUGUGGGUGACAGAGGGACUGGGACAGUGACUGGCAGAGCUGGACAGCGGGACUGGAUCCAGGAGUUUCCCUGCUGUGCCCUCCUUUGCCGUGGCCCUCGCUGGCAGGGGGAGCUGCUGGAGCAGCUGCUGUGGCUGUUCUGUGCAUCCCGGCCGCACCACUGCACCUCAGCACCCUCCUCCUCCUCCUCCCGCCGGGUGCCAGGCAGGUUUUUGGUGCAGGGGCUGAGUCUGUGGUGCAGGCAGCAUUCCUGGCACGGGGGUGGUGACCCUGUGAGAAAAGGCUGUCCCUGCACCCAGCGAUGCCCCAACGGCCCCUGACUGCCUCCUCUUCGUCCCCAGCUGUCACCAAAGGGCUCCUCAUCCUCUGGGCAGUGCCGGGCCAGGGGGGCAGGUCCCCGCUGGCCCCCACCGUGCAGCAGACCCAGGCGCUGGUGAGGCUCAUGGCCGAGGACGCGCAGGAGCUCUUCACCUUCUACGAGAAGGAUCAGCACCUGGACAUCCACAACAUCUGCCGCACCAACAACACCCUCGAGUGGCUGCAGAGGCCGGCCAAGGCGCGCUGGGGGCUGCGGAGGCUGCGGAGGCCCAUGAUCCACAUGGAGCAGGCGCUGCAGGGCAUCAUCCGCCACCAGCGCGACCUCCAGCACCCCGAGGCCGAAAUCCUUCGCCGCUUGAGCAGGACCCACCUGAAGGUGCGAGCGCUCCUCAGCAACCUGGCGGGGCUCUUCCCGGGCCCCAGCCCCCGCCCCGGCCGCCGGCCCCUCCCCAGCCCCGCGGCAUCCCUCGGCAUCUUCCGACAGAAGCUGCAGGGGUGCCAGAUCCUCUGGAGCUACGCCCGCUUCAUGGCCGAGCGCAGCGCCGAGCUGGGCGCCGGGAGCCGCCGGACGCGCCGGGAGAAGGGGAGACCGCCCCGGGGCUCACGGCGGCCCGCACGGCUCUAGGGCAGCGGAGCCCCCGUCUGCAGCUCCAUCAUCUCCAUCAUCUUCAUCAUCUCCAUCUCCAUCCCAUGUGAGGCGAUCCCAACCCCAUUCCCAGGAUGGAGAGGCAUCCGAUGGCCGGGAUGCCCCACGGAGCCCGUCUCAACUCAGCGGAGCGAGGGCUCGGAUGCGCUGACAGCACCUCCCGCCGCUUCGGCUCCUCGUGGGGACCCUGCUGUCCCCGAGCCGCCGCUGGGCUGCAGGACAGCCCUGGCUGGCUCCCCCACAUCCUGCCUCUUUCCCGUGCAUCCAGGUGGCCCCAGUGGAGCCGGGUGUCCCCCGGGUGCUCAGCUGUCCCCUGUCCCCGAGCCCUGCUGGAUUUUCCAGUGAUUCAAUGGGUCGGCUGACACAGCCUGACUCAGAGCUGCUCGCCCAGCACCCGCCGGGCCCACGGAGCGCGCCGCUGCCACCGGCGGCUGUCACCGGUGUUGUCACCCCCUGCCUGCCCGCCGCCAGCUCUGCUCCCCGGGAGAAGCCGGGAGUGGAAUCCUGUGUCCCUGCGCGGUCUGUGUGUCCCUCUGUGCUCGGUGUCCCCGAGCUGGGUGUCCCUUUGCACAUCCCUGUGCUCUCAGUGUCCCCUGUGGUCAGCGUCCCUGUGCUCUCAGUGUCCCCAGGCUCACUCCUGCACACGGGGUGCUCCCACACUCCCAGCAUCCCUGUACCCUCCGUGUCCCCCCCGAGCCUCCUGGGCCACCACAGCCCUGACUGUGCCCAGCAGGGACUCGGCUCUGGCCACUGCACUGUGACAGUGGGUGACAGUCCCCACUCCCUCCCCCCUAAUUUAUACAUUAUUAUUUGUUACUUUAUGGUAUUUAUUGAUUGUUACAAUUAAUUUAACUCCUGCAGCUUGCAGAAGUAUUUAAGGAUAUUUCUAAUAUAAAAAUAUCUAUUUUUAUUAUAUUUUUGUACGGUGUUAAGCUAUGAACAUCAGAAGGAUUUAUUUAUGAAUAUUGAUAUUUUUGGUACACAUAGAAGGGCAGUGCCCCUGCCCACGUGGCACUUCUUUAUUUUUGUACAAUGGCAGAAGGAAAUAAAGUGCUGAC